AUGAGUGGUAUCACAUCUGACCAAGUGACCAACAAGCAUCCAUCAUUAGUGGAUGAUACUAUCUUCCAUGAAAAUGACUUGGAUGAUGAAGCUAAACACCAAUUUAGUUUUCAUAGUGAAAUUUUGAAAGCUUUUGAAAUAAAUCGACGAAGUCUACUUGGUAAUGAUAAGAUGACGCCUGUCGGACGACAUAUUCUCUUCUCCAUGUUCAAUUCAAUGCACACCACAUGCAAACGUAUGUUAAACUAUGCAGCGGUCAACAAUCAACUUCUCCAUUUUGGUUUACCUGAGAAGGGUCCAUUGAUUAUUUGUGGUCUUCCACGCACUGGUUCGACAUUACUUUACAAUCUAUUGAGCUGUGAUCCUAACUGUCGCGCUCCAUUAGUGACCGAUAUGAUGGGUGAAUGUAUUCCGCCUAUUCCACGUUCGAACGUGGCUGAGCACCAACAGCGAGCACUCACAGUACAAUUUCUUGGAAAGUCACGCAAUCAGCUGGUUAAUCGAUCGAACAACAUGGCUGCUGCACAUCCAAGCUUUCCAAUUGAAGAAGAUACGCUCAUCUUUUUCCAAGCAGGUCUAAGUAGCUCGUUCAUGUUAACAAACUCUUAUGAUCCAUGUGAACUCAAUACUUGGAUUUACGAUGAGACGAACAAAGAUUAUGCUUAUGACUAUCACAAAGUGUACUUGCAUCUUCUGAAUGCCGUAGAUAUGCCUCACUCCCAUUGGCUGUUAAAAUGGUCCCGACAUCUUUUAUAUCUCGAUACCGUCUUUGAACAUUAUCCAAACGCAGCCAUAAUUCUGACGCAUCGAAAUCUUGUUGAGACCAUACCUUCAUGGUGUCAAUUCAUGUGGACGCUGGUCAGUGCCUUCUAUGAGGAGACGGAUUUGACCAGCAAAAUUAGAGCGACAACACAAGCAAUUCGAUAUAUCGAUAAAUUAAUCGAAUGUUUGAUGAUACUUCGUACAAAGCCAGCUUACAUAGAGCGGCAAUCAAAGAAAGCCAUUUUAGAUGUUUUAUACGAUGACAUUAUGGAACAACCAAUCGCUGCUGUACGACACAUUUAUGACUAUUUUGGCUUCAGUUGGUCGCCUGAGUUUGAGGCGGCUAUGCAAAGUUGGCUUCGUGAAAAUCCGCAGGGGAAGCAAGGUCGUCACACGUACAGCUUGGCGGAAUUCGGUCUUACACAGGACGAGAUUGAAACACGCUAUGCUGAUUACAUCAAGACGUUUCUACGUUCGCCAUCCAGAACUGACCUUUCAUUGGACGCUCUUGAUACGCAAUAG